AUAAGGUUGGAUAGUAUAACUAGUACACAUUCAAUGGAUUCAAAUGCAGACAAAAAUGAAAGUGCAGAAGACGGAAGCAGUAAUUCUACAUCCUCUAAGGAGUCCUCAAUUACCAAUCCAGAUUCGCGGGGUGAUGAUGUUCAAAUCCAUACCCAAGAGACUGGCACAAGUGAUAUAUCAAAGCCAGGUUCAGCUUUUGAACCAGAACAGCUUCCGGACGAUAGAUACACAUCUGUGUUGAAACCAGAUAAUCUUUACCAGUACUACAACUUCGAAAUAAAAAGACGAAUGGAAAAAUAUGUGGUUGACGAAUCAGAGCUAGAAGAUGAAAACUAUUAUGAUACCGUCGGUGAACCAGAAGGAGAAGGAUUUGAUCAAAAGGAAAGGAAAGCAGACGAAAAAGUAACAAAGCAUAAUGUCGUGAUUCAGCGUGACAAAAUGAACAAAGUUCUUGGGAAACUGUGGGGAGAUACUGAUGAAGUAAUUAAAAGUGGUGUUUUGAAAACAAUAACAAAAGAAAAGAGAUAUUUACUAGAGAAAAAGUUUGAAAUAAUUGCAUCAGAAGCGUCGUAUUUGAAAAGCAUCAAUGUUCUCAUAGAUGUGUUUAUGAUGUCUGACAUGUUCCGGUAUAAAUCACCGACUCGGUCUAAGGUUAACAAGCAGAAACACGACUUAAUCUUUUCAAACAUACUUGAAAUACGUGAAACAAGUGAAAGAUUUCUGCAAGAAUUAGAAUCCAACUGGGAGAGCAAUAUUUUUUUGUCCGAUGUCUGUAAAAUUGUGGCCGACCAUGCCGAGCAAAAGUUUGAAUGUUACGUUGCCUACUGUAGUACUCAGCAUGUACAAAGUAGAACAAUACAAGAAUUGAGACAAAAUUCAGGUGACUUUGAUAAAGCGCUGAAACAAUUAGAGGAGAGACCUGAAUGUCAGAGAAUGGAUAUGCUGUCGUUUUUACUUCUUCCUAUGCAGAGAAUCACGCGUCUUCGUUUGCUGACGAAUGAUGUGUAUAAAAAGAUUGCCGAAAAAGAGAACAAGGAUGACGUAAGAAAGGAAGCCAAUCGUGUACACAGAUAUGUUUCAAAAGUUAACAAGAGGUGUAAUAGAGCUGCUUUAAUGAAACAAGGUGAGGACGACAUGAAACGUGUGGCUAAAACAAUUGCAUUUUCAGACAAAAAAAUAGAAAAGAUUCAAAUAGAAGAAAAGUCAAGGUAUCUUGUUCGGGAAAAAGAAGUAAUAAGACUUGGCUUUGGAAAAGGAGGUAAAGCUCAAUUAGAAAGUCUUUACCUGUACAUUUUCAGUGAUCUAGCUGUAUUCACCAAGAAAAAGAAAAUGAAAGGUUCGAGGCAGGUAUAUACAGUCCUUGACCACUGCAAGUUGUUGGCUUUGAAAGCUGAAAACAUAGUUGACAUCAGAGAUGAAAAAUAUAAGAAAAUGCUGCCAAGUGACAUACCAGAAGGACAUGAGAAGUUUUUACUUCGUCUCAUCAUCUUGGAAAAUCAUAAUAAGAAAUCUGUUGAAUGGAUACUUUCCUGCAAGGACAAAACUGAAAAAGAUAACUGGAUGGAGAUAAUAGCACCAAUUGCAGGUUUUGAAGAUGAUGAAAAGAUUUAUACAGAUUUAGACUUUCCUCUUGUACAGUGUAUCGAGAAAUACACAGCUCAGGAUGAUGAGGAAUUGUCAUUAGACGAAUCAGAUGAAGUGAGAGUAACGAAAAAGGAUGAAAGAUCAGGUAUGUACUACGGAGAAAGACUUAAAGAUCAAGAGGAAGGCUGGUUCCCCAAAAAUCACACCAAAGAAAUUGAUGACGAACAUGUUCUCCAGAGAAAUCAUCUGAUGCGUUAUCUGCUAAAACAUGACUAUGGCGAAGACGAAUGAAGUUUAAUACCAAGAUAAUACACAGUUUUGAAAAUGCUAAUACAAUUAAUUGUGUUAUGUACAUUCUGUUUGGACUUAUUCCAUACUUUUUUUGUUAAAUGUUUAUGUUUAUUUCAGUACUUUAACAUUUUUUGUUUGUAAGCUCUUUUGAAUCAAUUUUAAUUGGUAAUCUGAUUUAUUCAGUCAUAACAGUCAUAACAGUUUUCCAAAAUGCGAUUUCUGGCACUUGCUCUUUGUUGGUUUGUGUAGUGUCCACUGAUUAUUCUUUCAAUUUUGAAACUCUGCUCCAUAAUUUUGAUAUUCAUCAUCUCUACGCCGGUAGAUUCACUUUUGAAAUCAUAAAAGAAAUGGAUUUAUAAACUGAAGCUGUUGCCGCUUUAAAUUAAUUUGGGACGUUUCCUGAAUUUUACUAAUGAUAGAUUUGUUGCACUGUAUCCAGUUUUUAAGAAUUUAUUUUGUAAACAAGAAACAUUUUUAUCCGAGUCCACUUUUUCCAUACUGCUAUAUCAAUGGUUACUCUUAAAAAGUCCAUUCACUAUCCUCCGUAAUUUUAUACCCUUUUCCUUGAAUACAGUCUAGAAGUUUUCGAGUCAAAGUAUACGUAUCUAGAAGUUAUUGUAAAAUGGGUCAAAUUAUGCCCCUCCCAGAGGUGCAAAGAGGCAUUACCGAAGGGAUGCCAACUUUUACAUAGACUUAUAUAGGAAAAUAAAACUGUGAAGAUCUUCUUGUCAUGAAGUUAAAGGCGUAGGUCUUUGAUAUUUGUUAUGUAGCACUAUCUGGUAGUUCUCUAACAAGAAUGUUCACAUUUGCCCCUGGGGUGAAAAGAAAACCCGCCCGAGUGUCACGUGUUAUAUUAUUUAUAUUCCUCCAGUGAAUGUACACAAGUAUUGAAUUUUCUCAAACAAAUGUCGACAAAUAAAAAUUUGAAUUAAAUCAGAAUAAACUUGAAAAGAUUGUAAAAUCUUUAGUUUAUAGAUGAAAAGUUUAAAGAUUUUGACAUAAACCAGACAGAACUUGUAAACUGAAAACAUGCUUUCUUUCAAGAAAGACGUACAAUCUGAAAUAUUUUCUACAUUUGUUUUUUUUUCUGUUAAUAGCACACAUUUCUACAUUUCUAUUUUGACGAAACAGUUCCAAAAAUAGAUAUAUCUUUUAGAAUAAUAAAUACACGAUAUCACAUGAUAGAGGAAAGUUCACGUAUUGAUAAAGUAGCAGUUGUGUAGAUGACUUACCUUCAAAACAAUCAAUGAAAUCAUUAGCCCCAAAAGAUGAGAAUGUAUGUCACCUGUUUCAAAAUGCAAAGCUCAAACUUAUUAAUUACCUCAUCACAUUCAAAACAUUUGAUAAAUUUCCUUCCACAAUUAAGAUUUUAUGACUUUGUUUAUAGUAGGUACAACUACAUGAACUAUCCAGAUCAGGUUUACACGAUAAUUACGUGUCCGCGGUUUGUGGUAAUGAAAGAAAUGCAUGAUGCAUAAUGUCUGCAUAAAACAGAGGUAUAGUCUCUAUAAUGUAGAAGCAACAUAAUUAGUGGAGAAUGAGAUGAUCUGUAGACUAGUGUCGUCUAUGAUACGAAGAUGUGUGGCUCUUGUAAAAACAAAUGGUGGCACAGACCAUAUAAAAUGAUAACAAUCAAUUAACACGUUUAUCUGAUUAUGACAGUGGCGUUACAAAAUGUGCAUUUUUAUUUAUGUAUCUUUGAAAUGUUGUUUCUUAAUAUAUAGAUUUCAAUUCAGUCAA